ACUAUAUAACAAAUAAUUUGAGCACUUAAAGCUAGCUUGUGAAACACCAAACUGCGGAGUUAAACAUUAAUAAAAUCAGUCAUGAAGAUCACGGAGAUGAGUUGGGUUCGUGAUUUUCGCGAGUUUGCAAACGAUACAAGCGCCCAUGGCGUGAAGUACAUAUUCGAGGGUCCCUAUAAGCUGGUGAAGUUGCUGUUUCUGGUAACUUGGUUAGGAUUAUCUAUCUACGCGUGUAAUGUCAUUAUUACAUCUGUAAUAACCUACGUGCAGAAGCCUACAAGUACCAAGUUUGAAGUGCUGCAAGACAGCGGAAUGACGGAUAAACCCGAGAGUAUUAAAUUCCCUACCAUCAGUGUCUGUUCCAUGAACAAGGUCAAAAAAUCUUUCCUUGAUUCUGAGGAAAACAUACUGCUGAAGGAGUAUUACGAGGUUUUAGAUCAGUAUGAUGUGGCUAAGGCCGAAGAACUGGCAGCAAGGUUCGAGGACCCUGAAGAUGAUAUGUACCAGAUAAAGGAUGUACUUUAUGAGGACCUCAUUGAGCAGGGAGGCCCCAAUAAGGACAGACUGUUGAAGUGCCAGCAGAGAGGACAAUAUUGUAAUACUCUUAAGGCUUUCGAAAACAACGUCGACAGAAUUUCAGUUAUGGAAAACUCGAUGACAGGACGAUGCUGGAGGGUAAACCCCGAUGGUGAGCUCCAGGGAAAAAUGGGAGAUUACGGGUCUCUGAAACUUAUGUUCUGGGCUGAUGUCCAGGAUUACUCGACCCGAAGUGCAGAUACGGAGAACCAAGGGUUUGUAGUCGCAUUCCAUGACAACGGUACUUACGGUUCAUCAAUGGCAUCUGGUUUUCUUAUGAGUCCCGGCACGUACUACAAGGCUGAUCUUAGACGUAAAGCGGAAAUCAGGAGAAAGGAUAAGAUUGAAAGUUGUGAUGUUUCUCUUGUUGCAAACACUUACGGAUCGUACAACGAGGGUUCGUGUGCUCUCGAGUGCAAAGACAAGGCUAUCCAUGAAGCGUGUGGUUGCGUGAACGUGGUCCCUCCCCUGAACAACGGAAAGUACAGGUCCUGUAACCUGGAGGAGUGGGUGAAAUGCGGUCUCAAAGCCUACAGGAGCUGGUAUGACGACUACACAAACCCUGACUUGUCCACUAAGAUCUGUCCUUGUUCUACCGCCUGUGAAGAGAUCCGAUACGAAGCUCAGAUAAGCAGUUCCUCAGUGUCCCCUGCCUUCGCUGCAGGCAUCUUCCCUGGUGUCCAACCUAUCAUCUCUCUUCCCCAAUACGGAUACUCAAAACCUGAAUUUGACAUUCUUUACAAUUCCACUGAUGACAUUUUGAAGAACGUAAUGGUGCUCGAGGUACUCUUCACCAGUAUGCGAACAUCUGAAAUCAGGGAAAUUAUCAACUACGACAUGGGAAAUCUUCUCGGUGACAUUGGUGGUGUUCUGGGGCUCUUCCUGGGUGCUAGUUUGUUCACAAUCCUCGAAUUCAUCCAGUUUGUCGUGUUCAGCAUCAUGAAGUACUGCUUCAAUAUUGGCGGGCCCAAACACUCCGCACUCAAUGGAGAGAAGGAGGCAAUCUAACAGCUGAUUCCUACCAAGAAUGUGAACUGUUCAUAAUCAUAGAUAUAAUCGUGCCAGCAUGAAGCGAACUUUCACUUAAAUCUCAAGAGCUUUUCUCACGAGACUGUAGCGAACUAGUGACUGUAACUAGUGACUAGUAGCGAACUAAUGGUAAUCCCUAGUUAAAUGGCAGUUUUAUUCUGUAACGAUUUUAUUAACAACAUUUCGGGCUAUUAAGUUACAUAUCCUUAGUCAAAGUUACUUUAGGUUAUCAACUGCCAUUUAGCAUUCUCAACAAAUAACCUGAUCCGUAGGGAUUGCAAAAGACGACAUUAAUUUUAAAUAUUAAUAACACACAGAUGACAAUAAUUACCCUUCCUUGUUGUUGUCUUUUCAGAUUUUUAAGGAGUUGAAAAGAAUUUUGUAGCAAUAAGAUGUGAUGAAAUUUUAGUUUAUAUAACAGCAUGUUUUUUGCAUGAUUCAACUGGCCUCUCGUAAUUUAUUGGACUAUAUUUUAACGUUUUAUUCAUAGAGUUCUCGAUACUUGCUCGCCCUUUAGUUAUUAUAUGUUAUGACUCCAUAGAAAUAUAGGUAAACGUGUAUUUGGUUAAAUAUUCUGACAGAAGGACAGCUUUUAAAUAUCGAUCAAGUCUGUUGCUCUUCAACCGUGUUAUUCACUUGGUUCGAGAAUCAGAUUUGAAUUGUUUAGAAGAGCUGCGUCUAAAUGAUUUUUUUCCUGGAGCUGAAAAUACCAGAAAAAAUAAUCAGAGUAUGGAUCUUCAAUUGGCAUCCGAUCAAAUUAUUGAGCACUUUCUACACGUUGAAAUUAUUUUUAGUUUUGUAAAUGUAAAAGUAUAUUUUAUCUUAAUAUUGAUCCCACAUAA